ACCGCUGGAAGUCCGCAGACUCGACCACACUCUACGUCCGUGGGAAAUUGCUUCCCGUGCUUGGUAGUGAUUGUCUUUCCAAAAUGUCUACAAAAAGUCUCAAAACUAACAGUACAGUGCUGACUGGAGAUGUUGAUGAUUCCAAAAGCUGGAUUAAAAAGUUAGGCGCAAGGGCACACUUGAGGGCAGUUGGCUUCACGGAUGAAGACUUUUCCAAGCCUAUCAUCACAGUUGCUUGCCCAUAUAGCAAUAUCCUACCUUGUAAUUUCCAUUUCAGAGAACUUGCAGAUCAUGUUGUAAAGGCAAUAGAAUCUGAAGGGGGCAAAGCAUGUCUCUGCUUCACUCCAGUUAUAAGUGAUGCCGAGACAAUGGGCACAUCUGGAAUGAAGUACUCCUUGAUAUCCCGUGACUGGAUUGCUGACUGUAUUGAAAUCAUGCAUGCAGGAUACACUGGGGAUGCAAUCAUCAGCUUAGCCGGCUGUGAUAAGACAAUACCAGGCGUCCUUAUGCCACUUGCCCGAUUAAAUGCGACAGGUGUUGUUGUCUAUGGUGGAACAAUGCCACCUGGAUGCGGCAAACGCUUUCCGAAUUUGAGUGCAGGAAGCCCUUUUGAAGCUCAAGGAUCCUACAGCAAAGGUCUGAUGGACAUUGAAGACCUGAAGGACAUUGAGUGCCAUUCCAUACCAACUGCAGGAGCAUGUGGUGGUAUGUUCACUGCAAACACCAUGUCUUCAGUGACUGAAGCCUUAGGGAUGACUCUACCUGGUAGCGCGUCUGGUCUUGCUGUAGUAGAAGGGAACAAGGUGACAGAACAAAAGAAACAAGAAUGUGAGAAAGCCGUCAAAGCCUUGUUCGCUCUGAUGAGGGCAGGGAUGACAACCAGAGAUAUUUUAACUAAAAAGGCCUUCGAGAAUGCUGUCACUGUUAUGUAUGCGUUGGGCGGGUCCACUAAUGGCGUGCUACAUAUUCUCGCUCUUGCACAUGAGGCUGAAGUUGAACUGGACAUCAGUGUAUUUAACACAGUGGGCGGGCGAGUGCCGAUUCUGGCCAACGUUAAACCACAUGGAAAGUACCAGAUGGCAGAUAUUGACAAAAUUGGUGGCUUACCGGUGUUACUGAGGGAACUCUUAGUGGCCGGCUAUUUACAUGGUGAUGAAAUGACCAUCAAUGGGCGUACACUGGCGCAAAAUCUAGAAGACACACCAAGCCUUGACUCCAUACCAACUCAGGAUGUCAUAUUCCCGAUGUCCAAACCUUUCUCGCCUGCAGGGCGACAUAUUCUCAUACUUAAGGGCAGCUUAGCUCCAGAAAGCGCCGUGCUUAAACUUAGUGGCAAAGAUAUUACAAAGGCCUUCCGCGGCCCGGCUGUGGUGUUUGACGGAGAGGAAUCUGCAUAUCGGGCAGUAAUGAACAACGAGGUAAAGGCGGGAGAUGUUCUCGUUAUCAGAUACGAAGGGCCAAGUGGAAGUCCCGGAAUGCCUGAGAUGCUUUCGCCAGGCGCCGUUCUAGUUGGGGCGGGCCUGGGUACUAAAGUUGCCCUAGUUACGGAUGGCCGGUUCAGCGGUGCUUCCCAUGGGAUCAUGAUCGGUCACGUGUCCCCCGAGGCUCAGAGGGCUGGGCCUAUCGCACUUGUUGAGAAUGGAGACACAGUGGUCAUCGAUCCGACAACAUGCGCCUUAGAUUUGGAAGUGAAUGAAGAUGUCCUGGCUGCACGCAGAGCACGUUGGGUACCCCCUGUGAAGAAACUACCAGGUCUACUCAAGAAGUACUCGAAAUUCGUUUCCAGUGCUCACCAAGGCGCGGUCACCCAUUGACGCGUGCAUUAAGGGUGCGUUGGUCAAAUUUUGGCGGGAAUUUUAAAAUAGGGGUAAUUAAGACACAUCAAUCAUGGACCUUAAUUACAUAGAAAAUAAGCCAAUAAGAGUGCGCGUUAGAAUGUAGCUAUGUUAAACAACAGGCCAUAGUAAACGGAAGCGGUUUUAGAAGAAGUGUCUAUUGCUAGAAUACUUUUAUUUUGUUUGAAUAUUUUGAAAGAAGUCUAUGCAUAGAUAGAAAUUGCGAUAGAAUUUAUAGAUUGUAAAAAAAAGGCAAAUGAAAAUGAUUGUCAGCAAUGCAAAAAGGAAAUAAAGCAUCUAUUGAAUUAUA